CUCACGAGACUUUAGACAUAGUCACAAACAAUAAAGCAUCAAAGAAUCCUGCUGAAAUAUGAGUCUCAUCACCAACAAUAUUGGUAUUGUCUAUACUACCCUCUUCCUUCUCUCUUGUUCUUCCACACUCCAGAACACAAAAGCAGUGCCUCUUCACACCAACGGAAGGUGGAUAGUAGACGAAGAAGAAGGAGAGCAAAGAGUGAAGCUUGCAUGUCUCAACUGGGUCUCCCAUUUGGAAGCAUCAGUUCCUGAGGGACUAAACAAACAGCCCCUUGAUGAAAUCUCAAAGAGAAUCAAGUCAUUGGGUUUUAACUGCGUUAGGCUCACUUGGCCACUUCAAUUGGUCACCAAUGCUUCCCUUUCUUCACUCUCUGUUAGACAGUCCCUCAAUAAUCUUGGCCUUCUUGAUUCCAUCGCCGGUGUGCAAUCCAAUAAUCCCAACUUCAUUGACCUUCCCCUCAUCGAAUGUUUCCAGGCGGUGGUGAAAAGCUUGGGAGAGAACGAUGUGAUGGUGAUUUUGGACAAUCACGUGACCCAACCCAGUUGGUGCUGCAGUGCCAUGGACGGCAACGGCUUCUUUGGUGACACGUUUCUUGAUCCAGACAUAUGGAUUAUGGGCCUUACUAAAAUGGCUACCCUUUUCAAUGGAGUGACUAAUGUUGUUGGAUUCAGUUUAAGAAAUGAGCUAAGAGGCCCCAAACAGAAUGUCAAUGAUUGGUAUAGGUACAUGCCUAAAGGAGCAGAAGCAGUACAUGCUGCGAAUCCAGAUGUUCUAGUAAUUUUCUCUGGCCUAAAUUUUGACACAGAUUUAUCAUUACUUCAAAAUCAGUCAGUGAAACUCACUUUCAACGGGAAGCUAGUAUUUGAGGUGCAUAGGUAUAGCUUCAGUAAUGGUCAAGCAUGGGAGUUGGGGAAUCCAAACCAAGUGUGUGGACAAGUCACCUUAGAUUUUAUGAGAAAUUGUGGGUUUUUAUUGGACCAAGGGAUGCCAUUAUUUUUGAGUGAGUUUGGUGUAAAUAUGAGAGGAACAAGUGUUAAUGACAAUAGGUACUUUAAUUGCUUUAUGGGUUUGUUAGCUGAGCUUGAUUUGGAUUGGGCCUUAUGGACACUUGUUGGGAGUUACUACCUUAGAGAAGGGGUGGUUGGAGCAAGUGAGGAUUAUGGUGUUCUUAAUUCAGAUUGGAGCCAAGUUAGCAAUUCAAGUUUCUUGCAAAGGGUCUCAUCCAUUCAACAACCUUUUCAAGGGCCAACAUUACUAGAAAUUAAACCACACAAAGUGAUCUUUCAUCCACUGACAGGUCUAUGUAUCAUAAGGAAGUCAACGGUUGACCCGUUGACUUUGGGACCUUGCUCUAAUUCUGAUGGGUGGGACUACACACCAGAAGAUAAAACACUAUCCAUAAAGGGCACAAAUUUGUGUUUACAAGCAGAGAGAGAAAGGAUGGCAGCAAAACUUGGAACAUGUUUAGGUUCAAACUCAUCAAUAUGGGAAAUGAUCUCUGAUUCAAAGAUGCAUCUCUCAUCAAGAGUAAACAACAACAACAAUGGUAGUGUUUGUUUGGAUGUGGACACCAACAACAUCAUUGUUACAAAUGCUUGCAAAUGUUUGAGUCAAGAUACUCAAUGUGAUCCUGUAAGUCAAUGGUUCAAACUUAUUGAUAGCUCAAGGAGGUCAACUACAAGAUUAUCGAUUGACUCAAUGCUGAGUUUAUCAGAAAUUGACAUUUCUAGGAAUUAUUGAACUCAACAUUAUUUCAAUUUAUU